AUGGCUGACUGUCAGGUUGUCAUUGGUGACGAAACCUUCGAUCUUGUUACCAUUCCAGAUGCAAAAAGCCAAAUGGUGCUGAAAGCCAAAGAUCUUCUGCUUGGUUCGCUUGAUCUCCAAAGUCUUGUGGACGACCUGGGAAAACUCGGUAACUUCAUUCGUGUGGCUUACAACGGCGUGGCAGGGCACACCGAGGUCCAGAUUAAAGUACAGAGAGUCGGAUAUAAAGUAACAAAGCUGGCCGACAAAUCAGCAGUCACGGUGCACCAAUUUAAAGGCGCAUCGCAAAGUGUGCUCCACGAGCUGAAGAGCACCUAUCAGUAUCUGUUGGAUGGAUUCGAAGAUAUGGCUCUGGAAACACUUUCGAUGUUGACAGACGUCGCAGCAGAAAUGGCGAAGGCCGCAGACGAAUUACACAGCGACUUUGAAAAGGCUACAGAUGAUGUCAUUGACGCUUUGGAAGACACUCAGAAAGCAAAAGGCGUCGAAGAAAAGCAAAAGAAAACUCGUGAGGAAGAACGAAAGGACUUUGAAUCGAGAAUGAAGCAAGCAGAGCAAAGGCAAAAGAAUGCUCUUGAAGCGGAAGCAAAAGCGCAACUGUUAUAUGACAAGGCCCAAGAAAAAGAAGAUAAGGCUUUGGAUAAGCAAGACAGCCUUCUAAGCGCCGUGGGAAGUAUAUUUAAUGGAAUGAUAAGUGCUGCAGGCAACGCUAUGACGGGAAAUAUUGAAAAAGCCGCCGAAGCGAUAGAGAAAAUUGGUGAUAAGUCGGGCUACAAAGAAGCUAUGAAGAUGGCAAAUCAAGAAAAGAUGAAGCAUCUAGAUGAGUUGCAGAAAGAACGAGAAAUUCGCCAAAAGGCCAUAGAAGAGUGCAUUGAAUUUGCCGAGAAGAUAAAGAGGUGUCAAGAUGACAACGCCUUGGCAGAAGCAGCUAUAGAGGCAUUGCACAGCUCCAUUGGCGCACUCAAAUCGUUAUCUGCCAUUAUGAUGAAAGCAGCAGUGUUCUGGCAGCAAAUGCAAAGCCACUGCGAGUCUAUAGCCAAGGGAGAAAUGCAGAAAUUGGUGCAAAAGGCCUUGGAUAAGUAUGAUGACGAAAAGCGACUGAAGUUUUGGACAUCAACGGGCUUCAAGAAAAGUGCAGUGCAAUACUAUUCCAAAUGGGUUGCUCUGGAUGACGUGUGUGGUGUGUACAUGCUACAAAUCAGGGAUACCAGGCAAGAUCUUUACAACUACCUAGAAGAAAACCCAACCAUCGAGCAGGCCAAGAAGAACGUACGUCAGCUGGCUACACAGUUUGCAAAGGAUCUCAAACAGGCUCAAGAAAAGUUGGCAGAGGAUAAUCAGAGGGCUUUAGAAGAGAAAAAGUCGCUCGAGGACAACUGA